AGUAGUUCCAAGAGCAAUCAUGCUUAGUGAUUAGAUCUACAUCAUCUCAAAAUAUAAAUUGGGAUUCAUACAUAUAUCAGUCGAUAGUAUGUGGAUUUGUAGAAACUCAUUUGUUGUAUUAGAUUUUUGUAAGGAAGAUAAUUAGUGAUUCUCCUUUUUAAUUGGUUCAUUAUUAUAUUUCCAUUAUACAAGUAAGAUACAUCUCGAGAAAGUUGGCCUCUUAGAUAGUUUACCUAAUCUUUGAUAUUAAUUUGCAUCUUCGUAGAUUUUUGAAUUGUAGUACCCGUUAGAGGGGAGAAUGGCAAAACCUUAGGGCCAUUUGGUCAGUAGAGUCGUAGAGAUAAGCACAUAUUGUUUACUUCUCUCUGUUAGUCGGUGAUUGCUGUGGGAAACAAAGGGUGUAAAAUGGGGGUAUCCCUUUAUGGAGAAGUACACCAAAAGUAUGAAGGAGAUUGUUUGGGAACUACUGAGUUUUUAAUUCCACUAAACGUAUUGUGUUAGGUUAUCAAUUUAGACUUAUCCAAGAAAGUUGAAUGUGCAACUGAAUAGGUAAUUUAAGGUGUUAUGAUCCUCCAUUCCAAAAGGACAUUCCAUAUACUUUGUCUUCUGUGCCUUAAUUUAAACACAUUUGAUUCUCUUACCUUAACUCCACCAUUCUAGCUUAGAAUUGAAUUCAUCUCUUAUUUUGUAGGCCGGUAGUUUACCAAGCUUGCCUCUUGAAACCUACCCGCGGGCCUAAAAUUUUAUAAGCAGCCAACCUUAGUAGGCUCACUUGAUUUGCUGCUACAUGCCUUUUUAGAGGGCGGAAGUCUCAACAAUCGGUCUUUUUUAUAUACAAAGAAGUAUAUAACUAUAUUUGUAGGUUUAUAUUUAUUUGGUUACAACUUACGACGAAAAGAUGAAUUUUAUCGACUUAAAAAUGUGAUUUGCUCACAUAUUUUUAAUAAUAGUUAUAGGAUAAUAAAAUGAACUGCUCCCCAUGAGCACUUGUACCCUAUAUAAACUUCACCUCCUCUAGUCAUUCCUUUUUGUUCCUAAUCCUUGCGUCCAUUUUCACUCUUGUUAUUCAAGUCAUUUUCUGCCUACCUCAUUCUCUUUUAAUCUCUUUUAAAAGUUCCAAAUUUUGACUUAUUCAACUUGUGCAUCACGUGAUCAUGCCACAUAAAGGUUUUCCUCUCACGUAAUUAACUAAAGUACCACCUUAUAACUUUGUGUUUUUUUUAAAUGUUUUUUAGCUGUAGCAUUUCUGCUCAAAUUGUGCUAGUUGCUUGAGAAAGAUUGCAGGAUUUUUGAUUUCUUCCUUAGGUGACUCAGGUUUUGGGAGAAAUGUUGCAACUAAAAAAGGCGGAUGAAGUAUAAGAGACAACAUAGUAGUCAUACUCAAUAUACUUUUUUAAUCGGAACUUUAAUUUCCUAAAUAAGAAUUGGUCUUUGUAAGGUGUGGGGAGAUAAGGGGAUACCUAUUUCAAGGAAAGUCUAGCUAUUAGUUCAGAAAUUUUGAACAAUGCAUUCAAGGAGAAAACAUAUCAUGAUUAAUACAUGAGAGUUGCGUACUGUUGGUAAAAUGUUCAGAAGGAAGAAAUAUUCCUCGUGAUUGAAAGAUGAAUGAUCAAGUCACAAAUGUGUGCGUCAAAAAAGAUAGAAAGUUUUUGUCAAAAAGGUAGAAAAGUAAAAUGGAAAUAAGUCUUCCUGUUAUGGUAAAAUAUACUAUAGUUCCAUUUAGAGGUGAACUGCUAUGCUACCAUUCCGGGUCAAAGUGACAAAUGGCAAAAGAAAUAAAAACUGAGUGAGUAAAUGUAUGAAAAAAGAGGCCAAACGGCAUUUAUUCUUUGACUAGAAAACUGAAAGCCAAAAGAAAAAGGUGAGUUUAUCCUUCAACUCCCUUUAUCUUCCCAUAAUUUGAACAAAUUCAUAACACACUAAAAAAUCCAAACCAUUUGAUUUCAUUCUCAAGAAAUUUCCUCUCUCGACUCUCUUUCUUACUUUGGUAUGUGAAAUUCUCACUUCUAUUCAUCAUCUUGUGAUUGAUCACGUUUUCAAUUUCUCCAAUUAUCUGAAUUUAAAUCCUGUAGUAUAAAUGUGCUGUGAUUUCGUUUUAGAGAAAAUUAUUCUGUCUUUCCUAAUUUCUUUUUGAUAAUUAUUAAAUAAGACUGAUAGAUUGUCUAAAUUGAAUUGGAUGUUAUUAUGAUGGAAGCUUUAAGAAAAAAUCUAUUUUCUCUGUUGAAUAUUUGCAUGCUCUUGUUGCUUCGUUGCGAGAUUUAAUUUUAAAAACUAAGUUGUUCGUAAUGCAGGAUUUUAGUUCCUUGUAAAGAAUUGAUUGGCUGAUUGGUCUAUUUGGAUGUAUGAUCACCAAGGAAUUUUGAAAUAUUAAGAAAUUGUGUGCUGAUUUUUUUGUGCAUGAAAAAGCAGUUGCUUCAAAUUAAUUGCCAUUAUAAGUAAUCUUACUCUACAACUAUCUCCUCAUUGAGUUGAGGCUUUGACAUUGCUGUUGGUGUUGUUGUCAUGGUAUGAACAAGUUUUAGUAGUUAGCACUUGAUGGAUGAAGGUUAAUCUAGUGUUUCUUUGGAGGACAUAUAUGCCAUUUGAUGAGUUAGAAGUCAUUGUGGAGACCGAUGUAGAGUAAGAUAAAGGUAUUGUUGAUUUGAAUGUAAUCACGUUCUGCAACCAUGAUUCUUGGAGCCACACUAUCUGAAACCGAAGUUAUAUAUUGAGAUUCGUACUUUGAUAGGGAACAUAUCCACACCUGAUGCUGGUCGGGAUUCGGGAAGUUCAGAUCCUCUUAGAUGUCACUUUAUCUAUGAUAAUCCUAUUACAUCAUUGCAUCAUCGUAAAUUUUUAAAUUGAUUUCACUUAGAGGAUUGAAAAUAUAACCUUGGGACUUUUUGGUUGGUAGAGAAAAGCAAUCAACUGUUUCUUGAAAAGAUAUUCCUGCUGAAUUCUGCAUAGUGGAUGCGGAUGCCGCCUCUGUAUCAUUGGUAUCUCUAUUACUGUCUUCUUUUGGCACAGAUUGUAGUUUUGGAACUUGGUGGUGUUUGUGGCUGGUAUAGAGGGGGUGAAAAUGGUAUUGAAGUUUCUUUUGGCGAUACUGCUGUGCCAAAUUCGAGUGACACUUUGGUAGGUAGAAUUGGUAAAUAUGAAGAAAUAUUGGAAUUUAUGUCCUCACCAGUCAAUUUGGUUUCUUGUGAAGACCUUGAAGGCGUUGGGUCUUUUAAUACUACUUGUCUUCUUAAUUCAAAUGUACGUUUGAGUUCAAGCAUUUAUGCAGUUGGAACUGGAAACCUGGAGAUACUACCUCAUGUGUCAAUUGUAUGCCCCUUUGAAGGAUGUUCUAUAGAGUUCAAUGUAUCUGGAAACGUGAAAGUGGGACCUAAUGCUGCUAUAAUUGCUGGUUCUGUUAUAAUUGCUGCUCAUAGCUUGAGCAUUGGUCAGAAUUCUUCUGUAAACGCUACAUCCCUCGGUGGAAAACCACCUGCACAAACUAGUGGCACUCCUGUUGGCUAUGAUGGAGCUGGUGGCGGUCAUGGAGGCCGCGGGGCUUCUUGCUUAAGAAAUGAGCAAAUAGAUGCUUGGGGUGGAGAUGUUUACUCAUGGUCCAAUGUGUCUGAGCCGUGGAGCUAUGGGAGCAAGGGAAGUGGUAGAUCUGCUCAAAAUCCUUUUGGAGGGAGAGGUGGAGGACGUGUAAAACUCAUAAUAAACGAUGAGUUGUACCUGAAUGGAUCUGUAAUGGCUGAAGGUGGUGAUGGAGGUAUUAGUGGUGGAGGAGGUUCUGGUGGGAGCAUCAUCAUAAAUUCUUAUAAGUUGAAAGGCCUUGGUACUAUUAGUGCAGCUGGAGGACAAGGAUGGGGAGGAGGAGGUGGUGGAAGAAUAUCACUACACAGCUAUAGCGUACAAGAUGUUAAAGUUACUGUGCAUGGUGGUCUAAGUAUCGGGUGUCCAGAAAAUGGUGGAGCAGCAGGAACUUAUUAUGAUGCUACUCUUCUCAGCUUAAGAGUUGGCAAUGACAAUAUCAGCACAGAAACUGAAACUCCUCUCCUGGAUUUUUCUACCACUCCUUUAUGGUCCAAAGUCUAUAUAGAGAACAGUGCAAAGGCUUUGGUUCCACUCCUGUGGACCAGAGUUCAGCUGAGAGGCCAAAUAAGCGUACUUAGCAAAAGUAGUAUCAACUUUGGGCUCAAAGAGCACCCUAUCUCGGAGUUUGAGCUUGUUGCAGAAGAACUACUUAUGAGUGACUCCAAAAUCCAGGUCUAUGGGGCUCUGCGAGUGAUUGUCAAAAUGCUGCUAAUGUGGAACUCUGAGAUCCAAAUUGAUGGAGGCGAUGCUGUUGUCUCAACUUCUGUCCUCGAAGUUAGAAAUCUUGCUGUUUUGAGGGAGUGCUCUGUUAUAUGUUCAAACACAAAUUUGGCGUUGUAUGGCCAAGGACUACUAAAGUUGACUGGUGAAGGUGACUUAAUCAAAAGCCAGCGUCUGCUUCUGUCACAGUUCUAUAACAUCACCCUUGGAUCGGGUUCAUUACUCCAGGCACCAUUGGACAACGAUGCUAGUAAAAUCAUUGUAACGGAAUCUCUUUGUGAAAGUCAGACAUGCCUAAUGGAUUUGAUAAGUCCACCAGAUGAUUGUCAUAUUAACAGUACCAGUUCUUUCUCACUCCAAAUAUGCCGUGUCGAAGACAUUCUUAUUGGUGGUACAGUCAAAGGAAGUAUAAUCCACUUUCAUAGGGCGAGGACCAUUGUUGUUAGUGCUGAUGGGAUGCUAACAGCCUCGGAGCUUGGUUGCCGUAAAGGUAUCGGUAAAGGACGAUUCAUAAAUGGGGCUGGUAGUGGUGCUGGCCAUGGAGGUAAGGGAGGUUCCGGAAUAUUCAAUGGAACAAUAACUGAAGGUGGGAGUAGAUAUGGAAAUGCUGAUCUUCCUUGCGAGCUAGGUAGUGGAUCUGAGGGACCAAAUGAGUUGUAUGGACAUGUGGCUGGGGGUGGAAUGAUAGUAAUUGGGUCAAUUCAAUGGCCAUUGUCCAGUCUUGAUGUGUAUGGAUUUUUAAGGGCUGAUGGUCAAAGUUACAGUCAAGAAAUAAAGACCAGGGAUGACACUUUGAUUGGAGGUCUCGGUGGGGGCUCUGGAGGCACAAUUCUUCUUUUUCUGCAAAAACUUGUAAUCGCUGAAAAAUCCAGCUUAUCUGUUGCUGGAGGAAGAGGUGGUCCUCUUGGUGGUGGUGGAGGAGGUGGUGGAAGAAUUCAUUUCCAUUGGUCUGAUGUGAAUACAGGAGAUGAAUACAUUCCAAUUGCAGUAGUGAACGGCUCCAUCUAUAGUGGAGGAGGAGCAGGGGACAGCUCAGGUUACUUUGGAGAAGAGGGCACAGUCACUGGCAAAGAGUGUCCUAAGGGCCUCUAUGGUACAUUUUGCAGUGAGUGCCCUGUUGGAACUUAUAAGGAUAACGAUGGCUCUGAUGAACAGUUUUGUGCUCCUUGCCCUCAAGAAUUGCUUCCCAACCGAGCAGAAUACAUUUACGUACGAGGUGGGGUGAGUCAAGCACUCUGUCCAUACAAAUGUAUUUCUGAUAAAUACAGGAUGCCACAUUGUUUUACACCUCUUGAGGAGCUGAUGUAUCCAUUUGGAGGGCCUUGGAGUUUUUCCCUUCUACUCUUAUGCUGUUCGGUGGUCAUAGGUUUAUUGUUAAACCUGCUGCGAAUAAAGUUAGUUGGUUCAAGUUCUGUGCAUCAUGAAACAUACCCAUUUGAGCAGCAACACUUUGAUUACCAGUUUCCCCAUCUUCUUUCUCUAUCAGAGGUUAAGGGACCCAGCAGAGCUGAAGAAACUCAAAGUCAUGUGUAUAGGAUGUACUUUAUGGGUCCAAACACAUUCAGGGAGCCCUGGCACCUUCCAUAUUCUCCUCCGGAUGAAAUUGUGGAUAUUGUCUACGAAGACGCCUUUAACAGAUUCAUUGAUGAGAUUAAUUCUAUAGCUGCAUAUGAUUGGUGGGAAGGCUCUAUUCACAGCAUUCUUUUUGUGCUUGCUUAUCCUUGUGCUUGGUCAUGGAAGCAGUGGCGUCGUAGGAUCAAAAUCCAACGUCUUCAGGAAUAUGUGAAAUCUGAAUAUGAUCACUCAUGUCUACGCUCUUGUCGAGCACGGGCAUUGUACAAAGGGAUGAAGGUUGGAGGAACAACUGAUUUGAUGGUAGCAUAUAUAGACUUUUUUCUCGGUGGCGAUGAAAAGCGUGUAGACAUUGUGUCAAUUAUACAAAAGAGGUUUCCCUUGUGCAUAAUAUUUGGUGGGGAUGGUAGUUAUAUGUCUCCUUAUACUCUUCAUAGUGAUGCUCUAUUGACCAACCUUGUUGCUCAGCAUGUCCCAACUUCUAUAUGGAGUCAUUUAGUGGCUGGUCUAAAUGUUCAAUUGAGAACAGUAAGACAUGGAUUCAUGCGCUCGACAAUUGCCCCGGUGAUUAAGUGGAUUAAUAGCCAUGCAAAUCCUCAGUUGGAGUUUCAUGGGGUGAGGAUUGACCUUGGUUGGUUUCAUGCCACUGCUUCUGGCUAUAAUCAGUUGGGUAUUUGGGUAGUGGCGGAUGAUUGUACUGUUCGCAAUAUGCCUCAAUCUGUCUCAUUAAAUGUCAGUGCUGAUGAGUCUCCUAGGAGAAACGACAGAACAGUGGAAACACGGUAUAGACAACUACAACAGACACAAUGUUACGCAGGCCAAGUGUUACCUCGUAGGAGGGCUAGUGGGAUAGUUAAUGGAGCUUUAAUUAAUGAUGUUACAUUAAGCUCACUAGAAUUUAGAAGGGACAUUUUCUUUCUGUUUUCUCUGUUCCUGCGCAACACUAGGCCAGUUGGUUUUCUGGAUACUGUUCAGCUGCUCAUUUUGAUCAUCAUUUUGGCUGAUCUUUCUGUCACCUGCCUAAUGCUUAUUCAGUUUUAUUGGCUUUCUCUUGGAGCUUUUCUUGCUGUCUUGCUUAUUCUUCCUCUAUCUUUGCUGUCCCCCUUCCCUGCGGGCUUGAAUGCGCUAUUCAGCAAAGGGCAUAGAAGGGCAUCACUUGCUCGAAUGUAUGCAUUGUGGAAUGCUACAUCUCUUUCAAGCAUUGUUGUGGCUUUUCUAUCGGGCAUAUUUCACUACUCGAUUCUCUCUAUGCACAAGUCGGACGACAAUAAUGCUGGAAAUGCUAAAAGGGACGAUGAUAUGUGGUGGCUUUUGCCGUCAAUCCUGCUACUUCUCAAGUGUAUUCAGGCUCGUUUCGUGGAUUGGCACUUGGCAAACUUGGAAAUUCCCGAUUCUUCUUUACUCAACCCAGAUCCUAAAGCCUUUUGGGCUCAUGAAUCAUAGAUUGCGGUUACACCAACAUAGAGCAAGACCCCCCAUGUAAAUAUACCCAUUCUGUACAGAACUAGAUCUGCAGAGUUGUGCAGUUUUUCAGCUGCAGCUAGAGUGAAAGUAGUACAAAUGGUGGAUUGACAGCAUUAUUCGAGGCCGACAGAAAUCAGUUGUACCAGAUUUUUUGUUUCUUCGUCACUGGCCGACAUGUUUGCAUUUUUGAGUCAUAUUACAGCCAUUUUUCUCAGUGAGUUUAUUAUUUCAACAAAUUGUCUGAAUGAGCUUUAGUGUAACAAUAUACCUUGAUGAGUUGAUACUGCAUUUUUUAUUAAAAUGAAAAUUUUGUG